AGUGGAGUGGAGGGUAUCGAACUUCCGUCUUGUUUUUCCGUGCCGUCACUGCAAGCGCAGCUCGGCUCAACGCAGCGCAAGGAAGGUUCGCUGAGUCGGCAGGGCAGCCAUCAGCAUGCAGGGUGGCAGCUGCUGAGCAGUAGCAUCCGCGUGCGCUGAAGAUGUCGGAUAAUGGGGAAGUGGAGGACAAGCCGCCAGCGCCGCCAAUGAGGAACACCAGCACCAUGAUCGGGGCCGGGGGCAAGGACGCCGGGGGGGCCCUCAACCACGGCUCCAAGCCCCUGCCGCCCAACCCUGAGGACAAGAAGAAGAAGGACCGCUCCAUACGCUCCAUCCUCACCGGCGGAGGAGACAAGACUAAUAAAAAGAAGGAGCGGCCUGAAAUCUCCCUCCCGUCUGACUUUGAGCACACUAUCCAUGUCGGAUUCGACGCAGUCACCGGAGAAUUCACGGGAAUGCCAGAGCAGUGGGCUCGGUUGCUGCAGACUUCCAACAUCACCAAACUGGAGCAGAAGAAGAACCCACAAGCAGUUCUAGACGUCCUCAAGUUCUACGACUCCAAAGAGACGGCCAACAGCCAGAAGUACAUGAGCUUCACCGAUAAGAGCUCAGACAAUUACACCACCUCGGCAGCCGUGAACUCCAAGACGGUGUCUGAAACUCCCGCAGUGGGCACAGUCUCAGAGGACGAUGACGAGGACGAGGCCACACCGCCCCCGGUCAUCGCACCCAGACCAGAGCACACCAAAUCAAUAUACACGCGCUCGGUGAUCGACCCCAUCCCGCCGCCCCCCUCCACCUCCACCUAAAAUGCCGCCACCUCGCCCAUCUCCCCGCCCUCGGCCGAGAGUGGCAGCCCCACGCCCACCCCCUCCAACACCGCCCCCCGCAACGCAGACAAGACCCGCAAGAAGACCAAGAUGACAGACGAGGAGAUCCUCGAGAAGCUGCGAACCAUCGUCAGUGUGGGUGACCCCAAGAAGAAGUACACACGCUUUGAGAAGAUUGGACAGGGGGCUUCUGGAACAGUUUACACAGCGAUAGACAUUGCUACGGGACAGGAGGUGGCCAUCAAACAGAUGAAUCUGCAGCAGCAGCCCAAGAAGGAGCUGAUCAUCAACGAGAUCCUCGUCAUGAGGGAAAACAAGAACCCCAACAUCGUCAACUACCUGGACAGUUACCUGGUGGGCGACGAGCUGUGGGUGGUGAUGGAAUACCUGGCCGGGGGCUCGCUCACCGACGUCGUCACGGAGACCUGCAUGGACGAGGCGCAGAUCGCGGCCGUCUGCCGUGAGUGUCUGCAGGCCCUGGAGUUCCUGCACUGCAACCAGGUGAUCCACCGGGACAUCAAGAGCGACAACAUCCUGUUGGGCAUGGACGGCUCCGUCAAACUCACCGACUUUGGCUUCUGCGCCCAGAUCACGCCGGAGCAGAGCAAGCGCAGCACCAUGGUGGGCACGCCCUACUGGAUGGCCCCGGAGGUGGUGACGCGGAAGGCUUACGGGCCCAAGGUGGACAUCUGGUCCCUGGGCAUCAUGGCCAUCGAGAUGAUCGAGGGGGAGCCACCCUAUCUCAACGAGAACCCACUCAGGGCACUGUACCUUAUCGCCACCAACGGCACCCCGGAGCUGCAGAACCCAGAGAAGCUGUCGUCCGUCUUCCGGGACUUCCUGAACCGAUGCCUGGAGAUGGACGUGGAGAAGAGAGGCUCCGCUAAGGAACUCUUACAGCACCAGUUCCUGAAGGUGGCCAAGCCUCUCUCCAGUCUCACUCCCCUCAUCCUGGCGGCCAAGGAGGCGGCCAAGAACAAUCGCUAGCUCCCCCACCCCG